UCUUUCUGUUUUUCAGACUGCCUUGGAUCAGCCAUCUUUUCUCCAAUCAAAUCUGAUAUUACAGGAAACAUAACCAAAAUACGCAUUGUAUAUGAAUCCAACCCUACCAAGUUCAAAACACUACAGCUAAUUUUGGAAGGAGAAAAAGAAAUGCAUGGCCCACAGUGGCCGAAGGUUGGGGCAACCCUGGCCCUUAUGUGGCUAAAGAGAGGUCUAAGGUUCAUUCAGGUUUUAUUACAAAGCAUCUGUGAUGGGGAGAAAGAUGAGCAAAAUCCAAAUCUCAUCAAAGUUAACGUGACAAAAGCCUAUGAGAUUGCACUUAAGAAAUAUCAUGGCUGGUUGGUGCAAAAACUAUUCCAGACUGCACUCCUGGCUGCUCCAUAUAAAGAUGAUUUCCUCAAAGCCCUCUCAAAAGGACAAACUGUAAAAGAAGAAGAUUGUAUAGAGAAGAUCCGUCAGUUCCUGGUUAACUACACCACCACAAUUUGACGCAAUCUAUAUAAUGUACAACAAGAUGAGUGCAGAGUUGGAUUACAAAGCCUAG